AUGGCGACCCAGGUGUUGAUAGCCCACUCGGGCCAACGCCUGCAGAUAGACACUUCGCGCCUUACAACGCUCGAUGAGUUCCGUUCCGCCGUGUCCCGGUCGACCUCGAUACCACAGAACUGCAUCAUCGCCCUUGUGCCUCCAGGCAAGGCUCUUAGGCCUCAAGCAAUCCAGAUGGAGAAAGAGAUAUUUGUAUAUGACAGUCGGAUGACACAGACUGGAACCCCCGGGUCCCCUUUUCCUAUCAAGCUGGAGAUAGACUUGCCGAACCCCUACGCCAUCACGAACCCUCCAAACGACAUAAUCGACACGCGUUCGCUUGAGUCAUGGCAGGACCUAUUCAGGGAGAGGCGCGUCUGGUCGCAUAGGUUGUCAGAAGACUGCGAAGGCAUGGAAAAGGCAGCUCAUGACCAAUACGAGGCCAUGGAUAACAUGCUAUCCUGCUUGGAUGCUGCAGUGGCCAAUCUCGAAUCCGUUGUGCGCGCCACUGAGAACAAGUACGAGGAUCUUAGGAAAUGGGCAGCCACCGAGCAGACAGGCUACAACGAGCUAGUCACCAAGUGGGAGCAGAAUCUCGGCCUCGCACGCAGCAUACCAGUAUCGGCGGCCAUGGUCCGCCUUAUGACAGGGAAGGACGUAACUGGGGCCAAAGGUCGCCCAUCAAAACAGGCGACCUUGGAAGACCUGGUCGAUCUGGACUGCGCGCGUAAAGAAGGCCGCCGGGCGCCGACUGUCCUGCGCAAGUUCAACGCGAGGAUAGCGGAUUUGGAGAAGGCCGAGGGACGUCUUAUGCAGAACUUUGAGGAGCUUGAGGCAGAGUUUCGGCGGGUUAUCAGCAGGUCGGUUAUGGGCCACUCCCAGGACGCCACUCAGCUCCUUCAGGAUAUUCAGGCACUCGCUGGCAAAGUUGAGAAUGAUUAUCGCACGACCAUGGACUACACGACCUCGACCAGAGAUUUGCUUCAGGCAUCCAAGAUUGCACAAACGCAUACGGAGAAACACCUGCCAAGUCUACACAAACGCGCACUUGAGAUGGACGGAAUGCUACGCUAUGCAAUCAAGGCCCGGAACGCGUUGGCGCUUGAGCAAGCAGAGUUUAUGCGCAGCAUAGCAGAUGUCAGUAAGCUUGAUAUGCAGGUCAAGUCUUUGAUCAAUGCAAUCGCUGAAGAUGAAGAGCUGGCCACAUUCGACUAUCUGCGCUUGAUACAUCAAGUGCCAUAUAUGUACGCAGCUUUUACCGCCGAAGCCAUACGCCGCAAGGAGUGGUUUGACAAGGUAAAGACGGAUUCAACAACGCUCGCGAACGAGAUGGCACUCUUCCAGGAUGAGGAGGCCAAGCGGCGGAGAAAAUGGUACAAGACUAUCGGGGACACUAGUUAUGGCCCCGAGUCUUUGAGUACUGAUAACAACGUGCCCGGACUAGAGGUAAAUCUGCUGGGUGAGGAUGAGCUGUGGCCAAGCACAUCCAGAAAGGACCUAGAGGACUUUCUCGAGCUGCUGCAACGUCAAAGGGCGGAUGCAAGCAUUAUUGGGGAUGUCAGCAAAAUCAUCACAGAGCUCAGCAACCCGACCAAACAACAGUUCAAGCGUCUCAAGGCGUUCAAAAAUGGCAGCGUUCACGACUCGGCACUUGGCCGCAGCGGCUUGAUGAUUCGGGGAGAUGAUGAGCUUCUGAGAUCUCUGCAGGACGAUAAGACAAAGCUCGAGACUAAGCUCAGGACGGCUGAAAGCAGAGUCAGGAGGUUGGAGGACUUGCUACACAGACAAGGCCAAGCCUCGAGGCCGACUUUGGGAAACCUCUUCCAGAAUCCGAGUCAACAACUCCCGGAGCGGAGCGGGUCUGCACAAUCUGUCGGAUCUCCCGGACCUAUUGGCGAUCGUCGACAGUCAGACGAAGUGGGGAACCAACUUGUGCAACGAGUAGCUCAGCUUGAGAAGGAGUUACAGGAAGAAAAAGAACGCAAUGCGGCACUCGAAAGGGACGCUGCUGACCGCACCACGCAGACCAACGACAUGAAGACUCAGAUGGAAGAGGUGAAUGCUACCAAGAAGGAUCUUCUUGAGAAUAUGGAGGCUCAGAAACGUGAGUUUUUGGUGGAACGCAAGGCUCUUGACGAGGAGAUACGUAACCUCAAGGCCAGGCUAGAAGAGACCGAAGACGAGUUCCACAACAUUGAUGAGUCCCGCGAGCAUGAAAAGACCUCGUAUGACGAAAAGGUUCAGUCACUAGAGGCUCAACUGGAGAGCUUAGCCAAGGAGAAGAGUGACGAUGCUCUGAAGGCGCAAGGCCAGGUCGACUUCUUGCGCAACGAGACGCGACUGCAGCGAGAGAGUAAUGAGGUGCUACAGGCGCAAAUCCAGGCGUCUCAGGACGAACUUGGGCAGUUGAACAAAAAGCUCAAGACUACAAACGAGGCUGCAGAAGUAACGCUACGGGCUCUCAGAGAGCUUCAUACAACGUUUGUCAAGGGCGCCGCUAUUCCAGAGGAUAUCAACGACCUUGCGGAUGCUGUAUUAAACAAUGCAGCAGAGUCUCUGGCCAAGGCUCAGAAUUUGGAUGCUGAUAUCUCAAUAUUGCGCUCGAAUCUCUCACUGGCACAGGAUGUUGCGAAGGACCUUAGAGCUCAGCAGGCAAUCGCACUUGAGAAGUUGACCAAGGAGGAGACAACCUCUAUGCACCUCAGAGAACAAUGUGAUGAGCACAAGGCCAGGGUUAACGCACUUGAGGGCGAGCUAGCGGAUGGUCGCAAGCAGCUCGAUGAGCUCAGAACCCAGAUUGCCCAGGGAGAGACUGGUUCCGAGAGUCUGCGAACACGUCUCGAGGAGGAAGAGAAGAAGAUUGUCCGGUUAACCGAGGAUCUCGCCUCCAAGCAGUCACAAGUUGGCAGUUUAGAAGAAGAGCUGAGGUUAUUCCAGGAGCGUCUACAGGAUUCGCAGACCAAGCUGACAGCCUUGACACUACGGACCGAGACUCGAAACGAGCGCACCAAGGAUAUCAGCCAACGCCUUUACUCGCAGAACGAGCGGUUAGUGCGUUUGCUUGAGCGUCUUGGCUUUUCAGCCUCGCGCGAGAACGGGGUCAUGACGAUACAGAAAAUACCACGGGCAGAGCGAUCAACGAUGAACCUGGCAGCCUCAUCUACUGCUGAUGCCAAGUCGCGCAUAAUGAGCGAACCGGCGGACGUGGAGCUUCUUUACUGGAUGAAUGCCACUGAUGCAGAAGGCGAAACGGAGAAAUACGGCAAGUUCAUGUCGAGCCUCGGCGCUUUUGACGUCGACGCUUUCGCAGAUACGGUAUACCGUCGCGUUAAGGACGUGGAGCAUAUCGCCAGGAAGUUGCAGCGUGACGUGCGCGGUUACAGAGAAAAGACUCAUGCCUUACACAAGGAUGCCCACGAUAAGAUUGCAUUCCGCAACUUCAAGGAGGGUGACCUCGCCUUGUUCCUCCCGACUAGGAAUCAGACAAACGGUGCCUGGGCCGCCUUCAACAUCGGGUUUCCGCAUUACUUCCUACGCGAGCAGGAGCACCAUCGCCUGAGCAACAGGGAAUGGCUUGUCGCUCGCAUCACUCGCGUUCAGGAAAAGGUGGUUGAUCUCUCCAAGAGUCUCGACACGACGGAGAGUAUAAACGGAACUAGCGGUGGUGUCGAGGAUGAUAACGACAAUCCAUUUGAUCUAUCGGACGGUUUGCGGUGGUACCUUAUCGACGCGCAAGAGGAUAAGCCGGGGGCUCCAAGCACCCCAGGACUUGGCAAGACAACCGUAGCUAGCACCAAGGUCGAGGCCAAGGGGGACAUGCAGACCCAGCCCAGGUCCACACCAGGCGGACUAGCAGUACUCGGUGGGGCCAAGCCAACAGCGGCCGAUGGCGCAAGCAAGAGCCUUUCCAAGAGCCUUGAGAGUCGGCGGUCCAGCACUUCAUCAACCCGUCGACCUUUGCCAUUCGCCGGGGCGCUGAACCGUAACGCUCAAGGUAGCGAGACCAACAGCCUUCGCGCCGUGGCUACAACGGCACCGGGCGACGGCGCCGGCUCACCAUCCGGGCCCACGAGCCCUAAACCACACCUUGCACACGGUAUGGACCAGGAUGUUCGUCCUGCUGCACUCCCGGAGCCGCAGCAGCAACGAGUCGAGAAUCGGUUCGAGCAGCAGCAGCCGAUACAACGGGAGAGUCCAACCAAGAGAAGCGUUGUAUGGGAUCAUAUGUGGAACCUUGACCUUUAA